CCAGAGAUGUUACAAGAGCCAUCAAAACAUUGCGUCUUAUCCAUCGAACAAUUUUACAAGGAAAAUGUCCACUGAAUAUAAUUUCUAAAAUCAUUCGUACACUGAACAUCGUUACAAGGAGUUACACUUCAGUCAAAAAGCCACAAACCCAUUGCAAGGUUUUGGUUGGCCAUCAGUAUCAACGCUUAUGACACCGCGAAACGUUUUUGUCCAUCAUUUUUGAUACCUUUAACCCGACUGUAAACAAAAUGUAUUGGCUAGAUUGUCUGAUGUACUUAAAUGAUUGACCACGAACUUCCAACCAACCUUUAAAAAUUGUAAUACCUAUAAUUACACAGUUAUCUAUUAUAGUCUGGAAUGCGUAUUAAUCGUUGAAUGAGCAUCAUCGCGACCAUGGCCAAACACGCAAGGCUCUUUGUAGGGGGAGCAGCCUGGGCAUCAAUGGCUUGUACUAGGUCUCAACUCAGGUUGGAUCUUACUUUGGGUUGUGGACAAACUUUCCGCUGGAGAGAGACUGGAGAUGGACACUGGACGGGCGUGAUGGGAGGAAGAGUCUGGACGCUAACACAAACAGAUGAUCGACUGUGGUAUCACGUCUAUAAUAAUAAAGAUGCUCAUAAAGAGGUCGAUAAGAGGAAAAGAAAAGCGGACGGUCCUGCACAGCAGCUUAACAAGUCAGAAAAAAGACGGAUAGUAAACAUAAAGGAGGAAGAGAUUGAUGUACCGGUGACCGUCAAGAAAGAAGGAGAGGAAGAAAUGCUUAUGGAUUAUUUCCAAUUAAAUGUAAACCUGGAAGAGUUAUAUAGAGAAUGGGGACUGGCAGACCCCCACUUCAAGCAUAUAUCCAACAUUUUCACAGGUAUUCGAAUGCUGCGCCAGAACCCAACUGAGUGUUUGUUUUCCUUCAUUUGUACCUCCAACAACCACAUUUCCCGCAUCCAGGGCAUGGUGGAUAACCUUUGCAGGUCCCUGGGCAAGCCACUGUGUGAGCUGGAUGGGACCACCUAUUAUGACUUCCCGUCCCUCUCGGCCAUUGCUGAUGACAAAGUGGAGGCGCUGCUGAGGGAUCUGGGUUUUGGAUACAGGGCUCGGUUCCUGCAGCAGAGUGCCAAACAAAUCCUGGAACAGCACGGGCCUGACUGGCUCCAGGGUCUGAGGAGGACUCCGUAUCUUCAGGCCCGGAACUCUCUGCGGUCUCUCCCUGGUGUGGGCCUCAAGGUGGCCGACUGUGCCUGUCUCAUGUCCCUUGACAAGGCGGAUGCUGUUCCCGUGGAUACACACAUUUGGCAGAUCGCUAAACGGGACUACAAAUGUGCCGCCGGCAGUACACAAAAGACCCUUACUGACAAAGUUAACAGAGACAUUGGGGAUUUUUUCAGGCAGCUAUGGGGUCCUUAUGCUGGCUGGGCACAAUCGGUUUUAUUCUGCGCUGACCUGAAAAAGUUUCAGAAGCUGAAAGAAAUGCCGUCAAUAAAGCUGGAAGAUGACAAGAAGGCUAGCCUGCCCCUUAAGAAGGCAAAGUUGAAGAUAAAAAACGAGAAACUAGAUCAAAUUGAAAAACCAACGUCAGUGUGCCACAAGAAAGCAAAGCUGGCCCCACAGGAUUGAUUCAUUUAUUAUAACAGAAUUUGUUUUUGUUUGAUUAUUUUUGUAUCCAUUAUUUUACUACCAAAAAAAAUCUGUUGAAUUGUCUUUGUUUCGAAAAACCUUUAAACCUAUAAAACCUAUAUUAAUAAAAUAAGUAUGUAU